AUGGUCACUGCUAACAACAACACUGCUGCCACUAACAACAAUGAGAGAGAUCACUACAGUGCUAAACCAUCAAUCUUUGAUGUCAAUGGCUACGUUCACCCAAUAAAUGCUGAAGGAAACAAUAUAACAAGAAGUGCUAUGACAAAUCAACAAAAGAAGGAUUUCAAGAAUUAUCAUAAAGCUAGAACGAUAUUGCUAAAUGUUAUAUCUUAUACUGAGUAUGAGAGGAUAACAAAUAGAUAUUUUGCUAAGUCUAUCUUUGAUUCCUUAAGAAUGACUCAUGAAGGGAAUGCUCAAGUUAAGGAGACAAAAGUUUUAGCCUUAAUCCAUAAAUAUGAGGCGUUCAAAAUGGAAGACGAUGAAACCGUUGAGACUACAUUCUCAAGAUUUCAGAUGUUUGUCGCAGGACUCAAGAUUCUGGACAAAGGAUAUUCUAUGGUUGAUCGUGUUAAGAAAAUCAUCAGAAGUCUCCCCAAAAAAUGGAGACCUAUGGUAACUGCCUUGAAGUUGGCAAAUGACUUGAGCAACAUUAUUCUUGAAGAACUUAUAAGGGCUUAUCAAGCUAAGGAAGAAUCAGAAGAUUCUAAUGAAGACUCAAAAGGUGAUGAUGAAUUGUCUUUGAUUUCCAAAAGGGUCAACAGACUCUGGAAGCACAUGAAAAAUGGUCAAGGAAAGUUCAGAGGAGCUAAAAGGAUUGUUGGUCAUUCUGAUUCUUCUUCCGGACCAAAGAAGCAAGGUUUUGGUAAAGAGGUUAUCCGCUACGAGUGCAAGGAGCCAGGCCAUUAUAAGAAUGAGUAUCCUGAGCUGAAGAAGGACAAAAGGCCCAAGAAAAAUCUCUCUAAAGGCAAGAAGGGGCUUGUGGCUACAUGGCACGACUCAGAAUCCAAAGAAGAAGUUUCUGAUGAGGAAUAUGCCAAUGUUGCAUUGAUGGCAACUAUAACUGAUCCUGAAGGUUAUGAAGAACAAGAGGAUAAGAUAUUGUCAGAAUCAGAAUCAAACUCCGAUUCUGAAGAGGUAUUUUUUGAACUAUCUCGUUCCGAUUUAAAGUCGUGUCUUUCUAAAAUCCUGGAAAAGUACCAAAGUCUUAAGAGUAGGUACAGGGACCUUAAACAAGUCCAAUUAGUUACUUCUGAAACUCGUGGUGAGCUUGAGAAGGAUAUUUCUUCCCUAAAUGAAAAAAUAUAUGACAGAGCAUUCCAGUACUUUUUGGCUAAAAUCAUAGAUAUAAGCAAAAUGAUUUCCAUGAUCUAUGGAGUUAACAAAAAUGGCAAGAAAGGUUGA